GGGAAGGUCCACCCGGCUACGGAGGUAUGUGGUUCGGGCCCUCUUGCGUUUCCGGGCCGCCUUGCGUCUCGUUUUUUCCGCUUCCCUGUUUCGCGGGUUUUGGCUCGUGUUGUGCUUCGCCUGCUAACGCCGCCCCGGGCCGCCGGGGCGGGGCCAGGGGUCUAGUCUUCUUUUUUCUUUUGGCAUUUCCGGCCCCUGUUGCGCUACGCAUGCCGGCGCCUGGUUUGAAGCAGUGCGCGGAGGGGUCGGAGGUGCGGGGCCAAUCGGAUGGGAGUGCUUGGCGUCUUGUGAAUAUGGGGCGGGCCCUCUUGCUGGAUGUGCAUGAUAGCGCGGGCCCAGAAGCACAGAGAAAGAAGGAGGGCGCGUAUCUGGCAGGGCGCCAGACGAUUGCUGCCGUGUUGUCUAGCGUGCCGCGUAGGGCCGCGCGCCCGAGCAGCUGGCCCCACUCCGGCAAGAAUGGGGCCGGAGGGGGGCGAUGGGUUGACGUGUCAGGCCCCAUCCCGCUCGCUCCGUGUGCUUCAGAUAACUAAGGGCGCGCCCGGGGCGGCGCCGCGGUUUGGGCGCGGGCUGUCUGAGCAGGGGAAGCGACGGGCGCGAUGGGCAAGGGGGCGCGGUAGCUCACGCCGUCGGCCUAUCGGAUUUCGCCGGGUUCGAUGGAUGUUCCGGUCGCGUUUAGGUGAGGACUCGGGAAAGGGUAUUCAGGUGCAUACCGAGGAAUGGUGCUGCCGGACUUUUCACUGAGCGCGAUCAACUUUUCACAUCGAUGCAACCGGCUCGAUCAGUUCAGAGUGAGAAACUUUCUGCGCUGCUCCUUUGUUCUUCAGAAGCUUCAGGUAUAAGAU